AUGCAGAACAUAUUUUUCCAAUUAUUUAUAAUACUAUUCACAAUAGUACGAGUCUACAGUGAGGAAAUAUACCCAGACCCUCUAUCGAGCAAUGACUUUUAUUCACUGAUAAAGGAUGGAAACCUUCAUCUAAUAGAGUUUUAUAGUCCUUAUUGUUCCUAUUGUAAUCAUUUGGCUCCGACUUGGAAAAAGACCUGGGAGAAAGCCCAAGAGAUAAAUUUACUUGCUAAUUAUAACGUCACACUGGAUAGAGUUAAUUGUAUAGAAAAUGGUGAUCUAUGCUAUGAUGAGAAGAUCGACUAUUUCCCUAGCUUUAGGUUGUAUGGGCCUUCUGGCUUCAUCAAAUACUAUCCCGAGGAUGAUAAGAAGACUGUUAAUGAGUUCUUAAAAUUUGUGAAGCAGGCCUCAAAGGAUAAGACGAAUUUCCAGGAAAAAGGUCAGAAAGAUAAAAGUCUGGCAUUAACAGAAUUAGCCUUUAACGAAUUGCUGAAUGAUCCAAACCUUAACCAUCCAUAUCUAAUAUCCUUUUGGCCAACAAAACAAUUGAUCAGCACAGAUGAUGAUAUUGAUUUUGAAAAUUGUUAUGAAUGUUUGCCAUUCCAAAGAUCUUGGAAUCUGCUAUCAAAUACCUUAGAUGAGAAAAACAUUAAGACUGCACAUGUGAAUUGUGAAAGUGCAGUGAAUCUAUGUAAAGCAAUGGGUUAUAAAGAUUUGACAGAGAUUAAGAACCAUAGAGGUGAUAGGAUGGCCAAAGUUGCCCUGCUCGUACCUGGUAGACCACAUUCCAAGAAUAAGGUCAUUAGAUACAAUGAAGAAUACUUUACUGACUAUUUAAAGGUCAAGGAUUUUGCAAUUAGAGGAGUUGAAAAUGCAAAGGUACCUGAUUUCAACUCAAAUUAUAUUAGUAAUUACCCAGUAAUUGAUGUUACUAGCUAUUUCGAACCAGAAUCUACAGAUUUGGAGUCCUUUGUUAUAUACGUCAAUGAUAGAUUAGAUGAAAGUGAUGAUCAGCUUCUGGAUAGUCUAAUUGAAGUUGUGAGUAACGCAGAACGUACUACACUUUAUAAGGCUAAUGUAGAAGAUUUUUACGCCGCAAUGGGGCCAGAGCUAGAAAAUUUCUAUGGGAAAUAUUACAAUGACAAAGAAUACACAUUCAAAGAUCUAAUUCAACUGAAGCUAUCCACAAAUUUACCUGCCAUUUACUAUAUUCAAAAGGGUCAAAUAAAAACAUCUAUUUUUCCUGUGAAAAAAUCCUUGUCUAAUGAUAAAUUCACUAAAGGUGUUCAAAAGUGGCUUAACUUAUUUAAUAUUCCUUUAUUGACCGACAUUACUUCUUGGAAAUUUAGUAAGCUAAUGAACUAUGAUAAAAGCAAUCAUAGGUUUAUAUUAACCGAGCUAGUUGAUACAUCAUUAAUAGGUGUUGAUAAAGAAAUUGAUUCCAAACUGCAAAAAUACCAUGAACUUCAGAAUAUUUAUGAGAUUGAAGUGGAUAAUUGGUAUUUGAGGCAAAACUCUCUGCCUGAAGGACAGGAACAAAGGAAAAUAGCGAUUGGAAAAUUAAGAGAUAAACGUAAAGCAGGUUUGAUUACUACAUUUCUGGACAUUUCCGAAGCAAAAUCCUUUGCAACAAGAAAUGGUCUUGUUAGUUCAAGUAGGCAAUAUGAAAUUGGUGACGUGAUUAUCAUUGAUAGGGCUUCUGGAUAUGUUUACAAUAGUUACAAUGAUGGAGAGUCAAUAUCAGUUACGAACACGAAUAAAAUACUGCAUGCUCUAUUAUCUGCACAAUUUAGUAUUCCCGCGGACACCAAAUUUGCAGGUAGAUUGCUAGGCUCGCCAUUCCCUGGACCAUUGAAAUUCAUGGAUACGAUACACCAAUAUGGUGUAUUUGGUUAUAUUACCAUACUAGUUCUGAUUGCUCUGCUGUGGAACUUGAAAAGAAUUCUGAAGUUGACGAAAAGGCCAGCUAGUGUAUCCAAUGGGAUUCAAAAAGACGGUAAAUAUUACUAA